CGCCUGCGUCCGUGUUUACUCCUGCGCGCGCUCUAGCUUCCGCCGCGCACCGCACUCGGUGGCAGCGCCCGGCGUCCGCGGUCUGCUGCGCUUGUGCGGACUUCCGCACUUCGCGUUGCUUUGUAGAACCGUGCGCCGUUUUGACACCGCACUUUGUGGAGCAUGCGGAAAUCAGCGCAACAGUGUCAGUUGGCUGCUUCCUUCAAAUGAUGGACUACGCUGAAGGUGAAAGAUGCCUUACGUAUUGGCGGCCAACAACACAUAUCAUCACCGAAUUUCUGAGAGCAGAACUGCUAACAAAUCUACCAGGAACGAAGUACAGUAGCCUUCCGGUUACUUCACGUGCAGGAAUGGUGACUGCAGGUGGGAAUGAAAAGUGGAAUCUGUAGGCAAAGAAAGUCUGAGGAACUGCUCGCACUCUAAGUAGCUAAACUGAACAAUGGAAAGAGUAAUAAAGGAUUGUUACUUAAUUAUGUACUUCUGGAAGUUUAAAAGUACCACUGAGAAUAGUCAUCUGACGUUCGCGCACAAUAUUCUGUGGCAAGUGGAGGAUGAUCGUGGAGUAGAAAUGGUGAAUUAUUAGGAGAAGAGGGGGGGAAAUUUUGGUGGAGCAGGUGGUGCCGGUGUUUCCGAAGAGAGCUGUGCGACUGGAGUGAGCAAGAAGGCGCCAGCAUGAACGACAGCUCGUGCUCGCAGUCCAAUGCCAGCAGCACGGACGGACAGCUGCUCUUCGAGUUCGUGGCGUACGGCGUGCUGCUGAACCUGAUCGGUAUCUUCGGGAUCGUAGGCAACAUCAUCUCGAUGAUCAUACUAUCGCGGCCACAGAUGCGCUCGUCCAUCAACUACUUGCUGAUCGGGCUGGCGCGCUGCGACACCGUGCUGAUCGUGACGUCGGUGCUGCUGUUCGGGCUGCCGGCCAUCUACGGGUACACGGGGAUGCUGAUGGCGUACUUCUACUACGUGUACCCGCUCGUGGCGCCCAUCGUGUUCCCCGUGGCGCUGAUCGCGCAGACGGUCUCGGUCUACCUGACGCUGACGGUGACGCUGGAGCGCUUCGUGGCCGUGUGCCACCCGCUGCAGGCGCGCUCGCUCUGCACGUACGGCCGCGCGCGCCUCUACGUUCUGCUCAUCCUGGCACUCGCCACCGUCUACAACCUGCCGCGCUUCUGGGAGGUCACGCACGUCGAGGACUUCAGCCCCAUCACCAACUCCACCAUUUAUACUGUGGCGCCCACCUCCCUGCGCGACAACCGCAUCUACAUCUCAGUCUACAUACACUGGCUCUACUUCAUCUUCCUCUACAUCCUGCCGUUCGCCUGCUUGGCCGUGCUGAACACCGCAAUAUACCGUCAGGUGAGGAAGGCCAACCAAGAACGGCAACGUCUGUCCCGGCUGCAGAAGAAGGAGAUUGGGCUCGCGACGAUGCUCCUGUGUGUCGUCAUCGUCUUCUUCCUGUGCAACAUCCUCGCUCUGGUAAACAACAUUCUGGAGGCAUUCUACUGUAUAAACAUCGACCAGCUGGUCAAAACGAGCAACCUGCUCAUCACCAUCAACUCGUCGGUGAACUUCGUGAUCUACGUAAUAUUCGGGGAGAAGUUCAAGCGUCUGUUCCUGAAGAUGUUCUGCUCGCACGGCCGGUGGCUGGGCCACGGGGGCCGUGACUCGCCGGACGGCACGCACGACGACAGCCUCGUGUCGAACGGUGACGGCCGCCACUACUCCAUUCGGCUGCAGCGCAGCGUCACCAGACACGCUAGCCGGCGACAGGGGCCACGCGCCCCCUCGCCUGGGCCCUGCGUCUAUUAUCCCAAGCGCACCCACGAGUGGGACGCCACCACCUCCACCACCGUCAACAAGCUGUGAGGUGGGCAUCGUCUGUCAGAGUCACGUCCCCGUGUGGUCUACCCGAACGCCACCACGACAGGAAUGCCACCUCCCCCACCAUCAUCAAAAAGUUGUGAGGGGGACAGCGUUAACCAUAGUCUACUACUCAAAGCACAGCCUCGAGUGUUGCAAAACCACCUUCAUUCUUGUCAAUAAUCAGCGAGGGGGCAGCGUCAGUCACAACCUUAUCCCAGUAGUAAAUACCCUAAGUGCAACCAUCAAAGUGAUGCCAGUACAUCCUCCAACAUCAACAAGCGGUGUGUUGGUGAUCAUUGGUCAUAAUCAUUCCCCGUGAGGACUACCCCAUGUGCAGCCACGACGGCCACCACCGUCAACAAGUUGUGAGGAGGGCAGCAUCGACCAUAAUCUACUACCCAGAAUAUAGCUCUGAGUGUCAUGCCACCACCCAAACACAGUGAAUAGUCUGUGAGUAAGGUAUCAACAGCCACAACCCUCACACCAAGUGAAAAACCCUACCUGCAGCGACGAGAGUGAUACCAGUACGUCCACCGUCGUCAAAAUGUUGUAAGGUGAGCAUCAUCAGUCACAAUCGUGUCCUUGUGUCGGCUACCGUAAGUGUAGUCCUGACAGUAAUGCCACCUCCAUCUCCACUGUCAAAAAACUGUGAGGACAGCAGCACCAGCCAUACCACAUUGGUCGAAGUCCAGCCUCAGUUGUGACGCCACCACGACCUCCACCACCGUCAAUAAUUUGUGAACUGGGCAGAACCAGUCACGACCCUGGCCCCAUGUCAAAAACCCAAAGUGCAGCCAUGAGAGUGACGCUAGAAUCUCCACUACAAUCAUCAUGGACGCGACCGUCCCCAAGACCGUUAACAAGCUGUGAAAAGGGUACCAAUUCUCGACACUCACUGUGGUGUCAAUUUUAAAGCGGUACCUUAUCACAUACAUGGUACCAAUUUUUAGUUAUCAUUUAUCACAAUGUUACUUAUAUUGAGUGAGAUACUAUAAACUCACUUUCAUUGUGAUGCCCCCUCACAACUUGUUUGAAAUCAUUCCCAAAUUGUUUCUGAAACAAUGGUCCACUCCACUGGUUCCUUACUAAUAUAUAUUUGUGGUGUCAUAUGUUAUGACGUCAUUCGUUACUAUUUCGGCAUGAAAUGACUACAUUGCUGUAAAGACAUUUCUUUGGUGAUCUCUCCCAGAACACCUGGAGGAGCUGGUCCAGAUUGGUAUAAUUGAGCAGAUUCGAUACUCAAUGUCAGUGACUCUGCCUCCCCAGCAAAACGAUGCCCUCGUCCACUGUAUCCCAAAUAGCACAUAUUUGAGAAACUAUUUAUUUCAUCUCCAUCCAUCACAAUAUCACUGUGUAUUUACUGACACACGGUCACGUCAUGUCUAUAGUGGUCCAAUGCACAUCACGUUUAAGAUCAAGUUCAUGUGAGAAUACUAUGGGAGGUAAAAUACUCAACAACAGGGACCAUGUCUCCCCGCAAAAUGACUUUUAAAUAACAGCAUAUUCCACUGGUCCUUCCAUAGAAUACAUUACUGGCACCAGAUGAUAUGUCGUCAUCCAUCACAAUCAUUGAGAUACUGUAGCGUUGUUUCUGUAGUUAUCCUGCAACAUCUCAUUUGAGAUCUUGUCCUUAUAUGUGUGUACUUGGACAGAUACAGCAGAGAACGUCAUGGACCACCUACACCUUCUGCAGUGGUGUCUCAUGCAACCCAGAGAAGAAUUGCAAAAAUGUCGAAGAUCCACUAACCAUCAACGCCUCAUCAUACCGUUAACUUAUUAAUUUUAUAUUCUACAUGUGGAACUAUUGCAGUUAGCUCGACGAAUCAAAGGGACGUUGUGCGGCAACGAAUGGCGUCUCUUUGGUUACCGCUCUGAAGUGUCCACAAUAUCUGACUCAUCUCGCCAAUACGUCCAUAGCUGAUAACUGCAGACCCUGUGUGACACUAUAGUGUUGCCAUCACUACCCUAUUAUCUCCAUAUCAAGUGUUCUCUUCUUAUCUUCAUUUGCUACCACACGAGCAUACACUGCCGGGUGUAGCAAUCAACGUGACACAUUCCAUUCCAGGUCAAUGACUUUUCAUAAGUGCAAUGUAAGGGAUGAACAGAACGUAAAAGAUAACCUUUCCAUUAGUACUGUUGCCGCUGAUGUCACUGAAAUAACGUGAAAUUAAAAGGCAUAUAAAUUAAAUGGA